CAGAGCCUCGGCGUGGUCCCAGUAUCACCGACUCCCCUCUCGCCAGCCGCACCCAUGCUUCUGGCGCGGAUGAACCCGCAGGUGCAGCCGGAGAACAGCGGGGCGGGCCCGGGGUCGGAGCAGCCCCAGCGGAAGCGCAAAGCUGCAGAACUCUUGGUGGUGAAAGAGCGCAACGGCGUCCAGUGCCUCCUGGCGUCCCGCGACGGCGAUGAGCAGCCCCGGGAGACCUGGGGCAAGAAAAUCGACUUCCUGCUGUCGGUGGUCGGCUUCGCCGUAGACCUGGCCAACGUGUGGCGCUUCCCCUAUCUCUGCUACAAGAACGGCGGAGGUGCCUUCCUGAUCCCGUACACCCUAUUCCUCAUCAUCGCUGGCAUGCCCCUGUUCUACAUGGAGCUGGCUCUGGGCCAGUACAACCGGGAAGGGGCAGCCACCGUGUGGAAGAUCUGCCCAUUUUUCAAAGGAGUUGGCUACGCUGUGAUCCUCAUUGCACUCUACGUUGGCUUCUACUACAAUGUCAUCAUUGCCUGGUCACUCUACUACCUCUUCUCCUCCUUCACCCUUAACCUGCCCUGGACUGACUGCGGCCAUGCCUGGAACAGCCCCAACUGCACCGACCCCAAGCUCCUCAACAGCUCCGUGCUGGGCAACCAUACCACGUACUCCAAGUACAAGUUCACGCCGGCAGCAGAGUUUUAUGAGCGUGGCGUCCUGCACCUCCACGAGAGUAGUGGGAUUCAUGACAUCGGCCUGCCCCAGUGGCAGCUCUUGCUCUGUCUGAUUGUCGUCGUCAUCGUCCUGUUUUUUAGCCUCUGGAAAGGAGUGAAGACAUCAGGAAAGGUGGUGUGGAUCACGGCCACGCUGCCUUACCUCGUGUUGUUUGUGCUCCUGGUCCACGGCAUCACGCUGCCCGGCGCUUCCAAUGGCAUCAACGCCUACCUGCAUAUCGACUUCUACCGUCUGAAAGAGGCCACGGUAUGGAUUGAUGCUGCAACUCAGAUAUUUUUUUCCUUGGGCGCUGGAUUUGGUGUCUUGAUUGCAUUUGCUAGUUACAACAAAUUUGACAACAACUGCUAUAGGGACGCCCUACUCACCAGCACCAUCAACUGUGUCACCAGCUUCAUCUCUGGGUUCGCCAUCUUCUCCAUCCUUGGUUACAUGGCCCAUGAACACAAGGUCAACAUUGAGGAUGUUGCCACUGAAGGAGCUGGCCUGGUCUUCAUCCUGUACCCAGAAGCCAUUUCCACCCUAUCAGGAUCCACAUUCUGGGCUGUCAUGUUCUUCGUCAUGCUCCUGGCUCUGGGAAUUGACAGCUCAAUGGGAGGCAUGGAGGCGGUCAUCACGGGCCUGGCCGACGACUUCCAGGUCCUGAAACGACACCGGAAACUCUUCACAUUUGGUGUCUCCUUUGGAACCUUCCUUCUGGCCCUGUUUUGCAUAACCAAGGGUGGAAUAUACGUGCUGACCCUGCUGGACACGUUUGCGGCGGGGACCUCCAUUCUGUUUGCUGUGCUCAUGGAGGCCAUAGGCGUCUCCUGGUUUUAUGGUGUGGACAGGUUCAGCAACGACAUCCAGCAGAUGAUGGGAUUCAAGCCGGGCCUGUACUGGAGACUCUGCUGGAAGUUUGUCAGCCCUGCGUUCCUCCUGUUUGUGGUGGUCGUGAGCAUCAUCAAUUUCAAGCCGCUCACCUACGAUGACUACAUCUUCCCACUCUGGGCCAACUGGGUCGGGUGGGGCAUCGCGGGCUCCUCCAUGGUCCUGGUGCCUGCCUACGUCGUCUACAAGUUCCUCAGCACGCGGGGCUCCCUUCUCGAGAGACUGGCCUAUGGCAUCACCCCAGAGAACGAGCAUCACCUGGUGGCCCAGAGGGACGUCAGGCAGUUCCAAUUGGAACACUGGCUGGCCAUCUGA